CGGCUACCACACUUUACACUCCAACUCAGAUAGUCUAAUACACGGGAAGAUCGCACAGUUAACAUCAUGCUGCUAACUGUAUUUCUUAUAGGAUUAUUGGGCUCUUCUCUCGCGGGAUUCAGCGACAAUGUUCCAGCUCAACCAUCUGUCACGGAGUAUGACCAUUCUGCCAAGAUAGUUAUCGAUCCUAACAACGUUCCGGCAGAUACAGACAGGGUGCACAUCGCAGCUAAAGAAUUAAACGAUCUAACUGGAAAUAGAUUCGAAAAGGGUUAUGACUUUGCUUUCAAUGCAGCGGUUCCAUAUUUCUACUAUCCGCAACUCACUGAUGGGAAGUUCCACGUUUUCGUACUCAAGUACGGUCGAUCCAACGAUGAUGGAGUAGAAUGGUCCAAAGCCAGUGCAGAGACACAUUACCUUCAUUCAGAUUCGAGUAGAUUCUCGAUAUCUUUGAUGAACAGGGCUUGGCCUAUGGCUAAGGACAGGUGCAUAGAUGAGGGAAAAAGACUGGCUGUAAUAACCGGACAGAAAUCAAACGAAAUGGUGAAGAAGCUGCUCGUAGCAAAUGGUAGAACAGAAGCAUGGAUCGGUCUGUACGACGCUCACUACAACGAUAACAAUUCAAAGACCACAUGGGCCUGGGUAGAUAACUCUCCCUUCAAAUACGCAAAGUUUGAAUAUGGUGCUCAAACUCAGAAGUCAGAGAUGAAAUCAGCCGUGGCAGCAAUAAACGAAGGAGGAGAGUGGGAGACUCUGAGCCCCGACCAAAAAUUACCCUUCAUUUGUGAAGUCGGACCAACAGAAAAAGUAAAGGAAACAGAAGCUCGUGUUGGUUUGACGGAGGCAGACAUGCAAAUGUAAUAAAAAGUUAGCAAAGACAGUAGCUCGCCUGAAUUAAAUUGCUUGUAUCAAUUAAAUUAGGAAGAAUUGUUCGGUAGAUUUUGAUGACAUAGUGCUGUAGCUUUAAAUAGACACUUUGAUUCCCUGCUAUACUACUAACAAAUAUUUCGAGUAUGAUUUACAAUUACAUUGGCGUGAUUUUGUCUAGCGAAUGAAUAUCUUAAUUUAAUCUCAUUUAAAAGGUCUCAUCUAUAUCGAAGAAUUUUCAACUUUUUCAUUUUACGAUCGAAA